CUCCGGUACUUUUUCGGAGAUCUUCGCCGGAUCUCUCUCUCUUUCUCCGCCGGGGGCUGAGGAACCGAUCUCCCCCACGAUCAGCUCAGCAACGUGCACGUUCCUUGCAUGGUCUGCAGAGGUAGCAAGGAAGCUAGAUCCCAUUUUAAGAUCCCACAACUGGGCUUCCCUGCUGCAGCUUUUCCCACACAAGACCAUGGGUUUGAUCUCAGUCUCAAACCCAAGAGCCCGGAUCUUGUCCCUCUCUCUUCUUCUGCUUGUUGCCGCGGCGGCCUUUGCCCCUGCCAUCGCGAAGGAGUCCGCGGGUGGGAUCGAGAAGGAAGAUGGUGGAGAAUCGCUAGCUAUAGAUCUGGGUCGCCGCAGCAAAAUUGUUAUUGGCAAGCUUGGAAAUGGUGCUGCUGGAGACGGCAGCUCAGUUAAUCUCAACGUAGGUUUGGAUACUGGUCUCGGGGUUUUCGAUGCGUUCUUCACCAGCUUCUCGAUGAUCCUUGUCAGUGAGAUUGGAGAUGAGACAUUUAUAAUAGCAGCUCUUAUGGCAAUGCGUCACCCUAAGUCAAUCGUUUUAUCCGGUGCCCUCAGUGCGCUGGUUGUAAUGACAGUGCUAUCCACUGGACUAGGUAGGAUUGUCCCAAACUUGAUCUCAAGGAAGCAUACAAACAGCGCAGCAACAGUCCUGUACGCAUUUUUUGGCCUGCGAUUGCUUUACAUUGCCUGGAGAUCAUCAGAUGCAAAAUCAUCCCAGAAAAAAGAGAUGGAGGAAGUUGAAGAAAAGCUUGAGUCGGGACAGGGAAAAUCAACCGUCCGUCGCUACUUUUCAAGAUUUUGUACACCCAUCUUUCUAGAGUCAUUUAUUCUAACCUUUCUUGCGGAGUGGGGGGACCGUAGCCAGAUUGCUACUAUUGCACUCGCAACACACAAGAAUGCCGUAGGAGUUGCUGUCGGGGCAACAAUAGGGCACACGAUAUGCACGUCGCUGGCAGUGGUGGGAGGAAGCAUGUUAGCAUCGAAGAUCUCUCAGCGGACGGUUGCUACGAUCGGAGGCCUCCUGUUCUUGUGCUUCUCGUUGUCUUCCUACUUUUAUCCUCCGCUAUAAUUGUGAUUCUGUAGGCUAACAUGAUUCUUUCAUGGGCAUUAAAGCUCUCAACUUCUCCACUCUCUUACUCAGAAAAGUUGUUUCCGUCGUCACACUAUCUUUUGAAGAGAUUCUUUUUUUGUAAAAUCUUAGCGCAAAUUAUUGGUAUUGUCUUGAUAGAACCUCUCA